GGUCACACUGACAAGUGUUGUAUUCAAUUUUUCACGGCAUAGAAUAUUUAUCUCGGCUGCAGUUUUCCGGAUCUCGGCAAGAUGUCUAUCUCUGACGGCAGAGAGUACUCUAUCCACACCGUGUGCCGCACCUGCCUGUCCGCGCUGGACAACACGGCGGCCUACGACCUCUUCCUGGUGCCCGGCCUGGCCAAGAAGCUGUGUGUGUGCACUUCGCUGUCCGUGGAGCAGGCGGACGGCUUCCCCAAGAACCUGUGCACCCUGUGCUACACCAAGCUAAACGACCUGCACGAGUUCCAGAAGCUGUGCGUGGACUCGGUGCAGAAGUUCCAGGACCUGGUCGCCAGCAACACCUUCGCCUGCCAGACCAACUUUGAUGUGCUCGAUCCCAGCGCCGCGGUGGCCGACUUGCCGGGCGAGGAGGAGGACAACGUCCACUUCGAUCCGCUGCUCAACUCCAAGAUCGAGAUCAUUGAGAACGAGGAGGAUGUCUUCAAGAUGUUGGAAACUGUCGAGAAGGAGGUCGAAGAGGUCGAAAAGGAGGACCUGGAUGUGGAAUUGGAGCAGCCUUUUGCCGAGUUCUCGGCGGAAGACUCUUUCGAAAGUGGCAACGACAAUGAUCAGGAUGCGGACUUCCAACUGAACAGCAGCGACGACGACAUCCCGCUGGCCCAGCGUAGCCGACGAGGAGCCGCCCGCGGGCGCAAACCGAAAGCCAAGACCAAGGCCAAGCAGGACAAGGAAUCCGACGAGUCUAGCUCCUCGGAAGACUCAGAGGAUGGCUCCAGCAAGGGCAAGGCCAAGCGCAAACGGAUUCCAGCGGAUGAGCGCGAUCGACACCGUCUGAUCGACUGCCACAUCUGCCACCAGAAGUUCAAGAAGGCCUUCCGGUACGAGGAUCACAUGAAGCACCAUAACGAUCUCCUGCCCUUCCAGUGCACCGUGGAGAGCUGCAAGAAGGGCUUUACCACCGCCAACGGACUACGCGUCCAUGUGGAGCACGCCCACACAGAUACCUCGGCUAUGCAUCCGUGCACUUACGAGGGCUGCAAUAGGUCCUUCGCCAGGCCCGUGCUGCUCAGCUUCCACAUGAAGCGCGUCCACAAGGUGGACACCCCACAGCGGGACUUCCCCUGUACCGAGUGCGACAAGGUUUUCCGCUGCCCUACCGCCCUCAAAAAGCACAUGUACAAGCACACCGGUGAGGAGCUUCCCUUCGCCUGCGAGAUCUGCGGCAAGCGCUUCCCCAUCAACAGCGUUCUGCGCGACCAUCUCCUCCGCCACGCUGGGAUCAAGAAUCACGUUUGCCCCUACUGUGGAGUAGGCAAGACGACGCGACAGGAGUGGAACAAGCACAUCCUCACACACACCAAGGAGAAGAAGUACGAGUGCCGGCAGUGUGAUCACGCCUCCCACAAUAAACAGGCGCUGGCCAACCACGUCAAGGUGGUGCACGAGAAGCGCAAAGACUUCGCCUGCCAGUACUGCGGAAAGACCUUCGGAAAGUCGCAUGCAUGCAAGAUCCACGAGCGGAGCCACACUGGGGAUAAGUGCUGCGAGUGCAAGAUUUGUGGCAAGGUGUUCCUCUUCGAAAAGGGUCUCACCAAGCAUCUGAAAACGCACGAAAAGCGGGAUCUGCCUAAGACACAACCGCUGAAUCCCCUGAUGGGUGAUGCUGCCGCCACCGCCGCCAGCACAUCGACGAUUGCCAAGCCCAGUCCGCAUCUGCGGGGCCGCGUUGAGCGCGUAGACAUCGCCCAGCUAGCGGGAACGGUGGCCAAUCCGAUUCCCUCGGUCAACCUGCCGUCGUGGUCGCCCCAAGUGAAUUUCACCAAGAAGGAGGGCCAGCACAUCUGCCCCGACUGUGGUAAAGGCUUUAACCACGUGAGCAACAUGAAGCUCCACUACAAGGUGGUGCACCAGAAGGUUAAGGACUUCUGCUGCCGCUUUUGCCCCAAACGGUUCGCCAAGAAGCAGUACCUCCGCCACCACGAGUACAUCCACACGGGCGAGAAGCCGUACGAGUGCAAGGUCUGCGGUAAGCACUUCCGCCAGGAGCAGGUCCUCAAAACGCACAUGAAGGUGCACGACAAGCCACCACGUCCGCCCGGCAAGCCCAAGGAGCCAGCGGGGCCCAAGGCCGAAACCAGCACUUCCGUAAAGCGCCAGCAGCCGAAGAAUUUCGAGCAGUACCAGGAUCCGGCGGCGGAACGGGCGGCCGCCACCGCCGAACUGCUGGCCUACCAAAUCGAGGAGAACGAGACCAAGCGGAAGGCGGAGGCGGAGCUGCGGAAGAUCCAGGAGGCCGCCUUUGAGCAGCUGAACAAGCUACAGAAGCAAACGGGCACGUAUCAGGGAUUCUCUGCCCAAAAGGCCGAAGCCGAGGGCACCUCGACUGACCACCUCAAGCUGGACCACGUCUGAGCGGAAGGAUCAGCACCCCAGCCCGCACCCGAUCCCAUUUACUAUGUGUUUCUGUGAAGGACAUAAGUAUGCGUUAUAGGUCUCUAAGGAUUACCAUCUAGUUUCCGUAAUUUUGCAAUCCUCCUGUCCGCUAUUUUGUAUGUAACUCUACCCCCUUCAGUCUCAGCGGCUUAAGUUUGUAUUUUAUUGUAUUGUA